AUGUCUCAAUAUAAAAAUGAUGUAGGAGAAUAUCUAACUCUUCACUAGAAAAUCCUUAUAGAUUUUCUUUAUAAUAUUUUAGCCACUUUUGAAUAAAUUUUAUGUUGCUUUGAGUUUUGUAUUUUUUUAAAUUUAUUUUAGAUAAGAUAAUGAAGAGUAUUUAAAGUCCCUACUUACUUGAGCAGCGUGCACUAUUUAGCAUCAUUGUGGAGUGAGUUCCCUCAAAGCAUCAUAGGCCUGAGCUGAAAUCGUCCCCUGGUUUCUCGGAAGAGGCAUUUUCCCUCCCGAUCUGAAUAACCCAGAUUUUUCCGAACCUCCAUUUCCUACUCAAAUGCAAAAUUGUCAAGCCUAGGCCAGAUCGUCAUUUGCAGGACCCUUUUAAACUGGAGAGGCUAGCCCUGAGAGUCUUUAUCUAGCCUGCAUUCCUCUUUAUCGCCAGAUCAUCUCAAAAGUAAAAAUUCAACGCACUUAUGCCUGCUCGGCAGGCCAUAAAGCAGCAUAGGUAAUUAAGUCAGCCUGCCUCUAUCGGACACCUGCUCUUGGCCUAGUUGCUGCUAGUUAAAAAGAUGCUAAAAGCUGUCGUUCAGGUCACUAACCAGUGGAAAUCGUGCUGACUCCCCCUCUGUGAGUGAACAAAACCAUUAGAAAAAUCCCUAUUUUGACCAAAAACCCACCAUAUGAGCGAACAAAAAUUUGUUAUGAAAAAAAAUUUGACAUAUAAGUGAUAGUAGUUAGUAUAAUGAAAUCUCUAGCUAAUUCUGCUUAAUUUUAAAGAAAAUUAAAGUAAUUUUAACUUCUCAAUUUUACAAAUUAGAAUUAUUAUAAUAUUGAAAAAAAAAUAAGCCCCCGUGGGCGAGCAACAUUUUUUUGUUUGCUUAUAGAGGGUGAGGAUUAAGAGACUUAGGUAAAGAAGCAGGUCGGUGGUUAGAUUUGUGUCAUCUACCGUUAAUCAGAGCUGUUGUCCAAUUCGAGGCGAUCAGGAAAUGGGACUUGAAGAGUAGUCUAAUAAGCAUGAGCAUAAAAUUUAUUUUAAUUAUAAUUGCAAUUGCUUAAAUACCUUAAACAACGAUAAUAGAUACUUAAUAUAGUUAUUUUCUCAGUCUAAAUCUUUAAGAUUCUUUUCUUUUAGUUAUCCUAACAUAUGAUGGCGAGAGUAAAAGCCUUCGAAAGCAAAAUUAAAAGUUUGAAAAAACAAAUUUUCAAAUCUAAAAAAUCAACUAAAGCCUUAAAUCAAGCAGUUUAUAUGCAGGAAGAAAAAGAUUUUUGCUUAAAAAUAGCUAGAGAGCUUAAUGACAUGCUUAAAUUAAAAUCAAAAAAUAAAGAAGAUGAAUUUUUCAGGCUUAAAUCAAUAAAAGAAUUUGAAUUAUUGCUUAAAGAGCUUAAAAAUAUAGCUUUAGAUGCACAGCCUGAAAAUGAGAAUAUAGAAGAAACAAAAGUUAUGGAAACAACAGAGGUGCUUGAAACAGACCCAAAUGAAUUCAAAACAGUUGGAAAUAUGGAAGAAGUCAUUUCUAAAGAGAAAAGAGAAGAGCUAUUGGCACUACAAAGAGAUUUAAUUGAAAUAAACAGUAUUUCGAAAGAUUUAGCAUCUUUAGUUGAAAUUCAAGGAGAGCAAUUAAAUACAGUGGAAAUCAAUGUUGAAAUAGCUGAAAAAGAAUCAGGAAAAGGGAUGCAAGAUUUGGCUAUUGCAAGAUCUUAUGCUUCAAAAGCCUUCUGAAAAUGAUGCAUAGUUGGAGGUGUCGCAAUUUUUGGAAUAGGGAUUAUCCUUAUAGUCAUUCUAAGCGUAAUUUACGGAUCAGGGAAAUUGUAA